AUGUCGAGAGAUAGGCGUUUCCCCCAAAUCAGUACUUUGGAGCUGAAACUUCAUAUUGAAAGGAGGUUGGGUCACCAAAAAGCAGAUAAAUAUUUUAAUCUACUUAAUAGGUAUUUAAGCCUCAAGGUUAGCAAAUCGGAGUUUGGUAAGCUAUGUGUUGGAUUAUUGGGAAGAGAGAAUAUUGCACUUCAUAAUGGAUUUCUCAGAGCAAUUAUCAAGAAUGCCAGUAUUUCCAAGACUCCUUCACCUAAACAUGAAAAAGCUCAAGCUUCAUUGAAUUUGAAAGUUCCGAAUGGGUAUCAAAAAAGUAGUCUUCAUUCACUAUCUAGAGAUGUGUUUCUUCAGUCUCCUAGGAAGGGAAGAUCUUCUACCCUUCGAGAUCUCACAUUAAAGGACAUCGCAAGCCCCCUCAGGCCUCAUGGGAAGACCCACAAUGUGGGAUGUGAAGAUUCGACACCUAAGGUUGUGGAACAGCAGAGUGCUACCGAAUUGUUAUCUUUAGGUAGCAGGCCUCCUGCUGAAGUCACCUCUGUCGAAGAGGGUGAAGAGGUCGAACAGUUUGCUGGAAGCCCAGGAGUUUACAGUAGAACCCCUCUUAGGGCUCCUCUUGGGAUUUCUCUUAAUACGAAAGGAUUAAGGAAGGUGCAUGGCUCAUCGCCUUACCUGAAUGCUGAGACCUGUUAUAACACUGGUGAGCUGCCUGAUACCAGUUCUUUAAGGAUGAAGUUGGAACAGAUGUUGGAGACCGAGGGUUUGACUAUCUCAGCAAAUUGUGCCAACUUGUUAAAUAAUGGGCUGGACAUGUUUAUGAAGAGAUUACUGCAACCUUGUCUGGAUUUAGCUGCUUCAAGGUCUGAACACAAGCUCCUCAAUAAUGUUCAUCAUCAGGUUAUAAACAGGAUGGGGCCACUGCCAUGUUUACAGAAGCAUAAUAGAUUUGUUUCAGUGUCAAUGCUAGAUUUUCGAGUUGCAAUGGAGUCAAAUCCCAGUGUACUUGGAGAAGAUUGGACUAUACAACUUGAGAAGAGCAAGUACCGUAUCAUGGUACCUCCACCCCCAUCUGAUCAAUCUAACAUAUUGUUUCGAAAAAAGUCUAGAAGCUUUAAUGAAAGUUUUGGCUUAAGCAGUUUUGCUUUUCAAGAGGUAGCAGUCUUUGCUGAUUGGUUGGCGGAAGAGCAUCUUAGAGUGGACCUCCCCUUCCCUGCGCGCUCAAGUUAA